AGGCCCUACGAGUGUGGGGAGUGUGGGAAGAGGUUUAACACCAGAAGCAUUCUCCUCGUGCACCAGCGCUCGCACAGGGGGAGGCCCUACGAGUGUGAGGAGUGUGGGAAGCGGUUUCACACCAGAGACAAUCUCCUCAGGCACCAGCGCACGCACACAGACGAGAAGCCCUUCCGCUGCCCCGACUGCGGGAAGGGAUUCAGGCAAAACUCCAACGUCGCCAUACACCGUCGCAUCCACACCGGGGAAAAGCCCCACAAGUGUGAGGAGUGUGGGAAGAGUUUCUGCCAGAGCUUCAGCCUGAUCAGCCACCAAAAGAUCCACACAGGGGAGAGGCCCUAUGCGUGUGAGGAGUGUGGGAAGGGAUUCAGGUAUCGGAGGGAUUUGACCCAUCACCAGUACAUCCACACUGGGGAAAGGCCCUACAAGUGUGGGGAGUGUGGGAAGGGCUUCAGGCGGCGUUCCAGCCUGAUCGACCACCAGAGGACCCACACUGGGGAGAGGCCCUACGAGUGUUCUAAGUGUGGGAAGAGGUUUCCCACCAGCUCUGAUCUCGUCAAGCACUACCAGACACACACGGAGGAGAGGCCCUACGAGUGUCCUGACUGCGGGAAGGGCUUCAGGCAAAACUCCCACCUCAUCACCCACCGGCGCAUCCACACCGGGGAGAGGCCCUACGAGUGUGAGGAGUGUGGGAAGAGCUUCUCCCGCAGCUCAGCCUUAACCCAACACCAACGGAGGCACCGGUAAGGGAAGCCCUGCGAGUGCCCCGAGUGUGGGAAGGGCUUAGUGCGCUGCUCCAACUCCAUCCCCCACUGCAGGACCCCCGCUUGGCAAAGUCCUGGUGACCCACAUUCCCUGGGGUCCAUGUUGGGAAGACACCUGCCUGGUGAUCCUUUUGUUUUGGCCUUCGUUUUUCUCUCUUCUUCAUCUCUUUUUUCUCAAAAAGCAAAGAGGGAUUGAUCUGUCUUCAAAGCCACUCAAGUCCCAUGGAAAACACCUCAAUUUUGACUCAAAAAGGCUCAAUCGUACAUCCAAGUACCUUGUUCCCUCCUCAAAACAACUCAAUCCCACGCGAACCUUACUGGAUUCCUGAGCCGCCAGGGUGAGAAGGGGUUGGAAGGAGAUUGGGACAAGUGGGAUCCAAAUUUGGAGAAGUGGUAUCGGGAUUUUGUGGGACUGGCUGGAAAAGAUGGAUUUGAUAGUAAAUAAAACUUUGAGAAUUCCUGAUUUCUGUCUCAUUCAGUUUCAGUCAGUUCCAUUUCUGUUUUCACUGGCACCUUCUCAGUGAUCGUGUUUGUGUCCUCCUUUCUCUCCUGCCUCUCUCUGCCUGCUCUGUUUCUCUCUCAGGGUCUCCCUGGAGCCAGGGCAGCUCCCACCAAAGACCCUGCCCUGAUUCAAUUCCCAGUGCAGGAGCUGCAACAGCCGUGGGUGAAGUUCUGAAGGUUGGCAGUGAAAUGUCCCUGUAAGAUCUUGCUGCACUUGGCUUUUGGCCCCUUCUGAAGAGCUUUGCCUUCAAGGGCAGGAACAUCUUUUCCUGCCUGGGAACUGGAAUUCCAGAGCCUGGCAGUGUGAGCCAUGCAGGACCAUGCAGGCUGGGAUCAUGGGGGCAGGGAUCACAUGGACUGGGAUCCUCCAGACUGG